AUGGCAUCCUCUCUCCGGCGGGUACUACCCCUCACCCGCGGCGGCAACAACGGCAACGGGCUCACAAGAUAUGUCCGAGCGCUACUGCCACUCCGACGGUCAUCGGGAUAUGGCUCCACCUCCGCUGCAACUUCACCCCUAGCAGACCUGACACUCCCACCCACCCCUCCCGCUCCUUCAACACUACCACUAGGAAACACGCACCCUCCUCCCCGCCGCCGGAUCAACCCCGAAGAGGUUGUCGCUCCAGAGCUCACCCACCUGAAAUCGCAGAUCUCCCUUCUAUGCUCCACAAACUUGCCGGGACUGGACAAGACAUCAAAAUACUACCUCCAAGCGAACGGCAAGCUCUUCCGUCCCAUGGUGAUAUUCCUGAUGUCGCGGGCCACCGCAAUCGCCCCGAAGCGGCAGAACUGGCAACACGCAAGCGCAGAAUUAGAGAAGACCUUCAACAGCACCGUGGCCCCGUCCGAGAUCCUGCGGGACACAAAUCCGGACCUAGCGCUGCUUAGCAGCCGGCUCAUGCCCGUCGACAUUCUCGGCCCCGCCGGAGUCUCAGCGACAGCGACGGGGGGAGGUGUGCAGGUCUUGGGAACCCAGCGCCGUCUCGCGGAAAUCGUGGAAUUAAUCCACACAGCAACACUCCUGCACGACGACGUCCUCGACCAGGCCGAGACCCGGCGUGGAAAGCCCAGCGCCAUCGCCCUCUCGGGAAACAAGCUCUCCAUCCUAGCUGGCGACUACAUGCUUGGCCGGGCAAGCGUGUACUUAGCGCGGCUACGGAACCCAGAGGUGAUAGAACUACUAGCAGAGGUGAUUGCAGAACUAGUCAAGGGCGAGCUCUUCCAGCUGCAGAACACAGCGACCAGCGCCGCGGCCGUCGACUUUACCAACAAGCCUUCGCGCGAGGCCUACCUACGCGAUUCGCUGGAGUAUUACCUCGAGAAGACAUACCUCAAGAGCGCCAGCCUGAUAUCCAAGUCCUGCCGGGCCACCACCGUACUCGGCGGUGCUACCGAAGAGGUCGCGGCGAAAGCCUACGUCUAUGGCCGCCAUCUAGGGCUCGCUUUCCAGCUCGUGGACGAUGUGCUCGAUUACACCUCCUCCAACGAGCAGAUUGGAAAGCCGGCCGGCGCCGACCUGGAACUGGGCUUGGCCACCGCGCCCGUGCUCUACGCGUGCGAGGAGUUUGGAGAACUCGGGGAAAUGAUCGAGAGGAGAUUUUGUCUCGACGGUGAUGUUGAGAAGGUACCCAUUCUUCCUCUCCCUUACCCGUGUUUGCGGUGGCUAACGGGGAACACAGGCAAGAGCACUAGUCCACAAAUCGGAUGGCAUAGACCGCACACUCGCGCUAGCGGAGUCGUUCUGUGUCACUGCACGGCAGGCCAUAUCUUCAUUCCCGCCGUCCGAGGCUAAGGAUGGACUGGAGGAAGUUUUGGAAAUGGUGCUUACGAGGAAACGAUAACCCCC